AUGGCUUCUGUCACUCGCAGUACUGAUUCUUCCCUCCUGUCACUGGAUCAUCUUACGCCAUCCGAUCAUCCAGAUCAUCCAUAUUCAUCAUGGCCAUCUCUUCCAGCCAAUCCCAUUGGAAGACUUGUACUUCUCACCCCGAAGGUGACGAAAGAAGCUGCAUCACUCAUUGCAAGCGGAAAAAGAUUUUCAUUAGAUUGGUCAGUUUACCCUUCUGGAGCAAGAAUGUAUUCUAGAGCAUGCAGUACACAUCGUAUAGCAAGAGUGGAUAACAGACCAUUAACCAAAGAAAUUGCUGAAAAAGAAGGUAAAACUUUCCAACCUUGUUUCGAUGAUUUCAUCGAAAUAAAUACCCAAAGUUCAACUCAGUGGGAUUAUUUCUUACAUUAUUCAUAUCCUAAAAGUGGCUUCUUCUACAAUGGCCUAACAGUAGAUGAAAUCAAGAGUGAACAAACUGGUGAGAUAGGAAUUGCAGCUAUCGCCAGAGCUGGAGGAGUACAAACUCGAGCUUUACUUGUGGACAUACCGUUAUAUCUUUCGGCAAAAGGACUUCCACCGAAUCCACCUUUAUCAAAUCCACCUACUACUCAAAUCACUCUGACUGUACUUCAAGACGCUUUAAAGCACUUCAACCUUACACCCAGAGUAGGUGAUAUGUUGAUUGUACGAACAGGAUUUCAAGAUGUCAUAGAGGAGAGAAAUGCAGCUACAGCAAGAGGCGAAGAGGAGAAACAAUUCGAAAGUAAUUGGUGGGGUGUAGAACAGAGUGAAGAGGUUGUUGAAUGGAUUUGGAAAACCGGUUUCGUAGCUAUUGGGAGUGAUAACCCAACAUUUGAGAACUGGCCUGUUACACCAGAAGAGCUUCAUCUUCACCCUAUCCUCCUCUCUGGAAUGGGAAUAAUGAUAGGCGAAUUACUUCGCUUAAACGAGAUUGCCGUUGAAUGUAAACGCUUGAAUCGGUGGGAAUUCUUCUUCAGUAGUACGCCUUUGAUGGUCGAACAUGGUGUAGCUAGUCCUCCCAAUGCUGUUGCCAUUUUCUAG